CAUCCCCAGAAUAUAAUCCACAUAUUGCACCGCCUUUAAGCGUCGUAUCCCCGUCUCCCUUACUCCUCAGGUCGACGAAAAAGCCGUCUUCCCCGACUCGCCAGCCGUUCAAAAGAAAGCGAGGCGAGGAGCCAUAUAAGCAACACGAUUAGGAUAGAGUUCAGCUUAACCGGGCCUAGUUUCACUGUCGCAAAUACCCAAGCAUUUCCUCAAUAUGCCAAACAUUAUCCGCCGACCACGUUCUAGGCCACCUGAGCGUCAAAGCAACCGAACCAGCGAUCCUGGUACUCACCUCACAUAUGAGGAGCGAUGCCAGAUCUAUACCCUUUCCCAGUCCUUGGGGUGGAGCCAAAGAGCUAUUGCCUUAUCGCUUAAGCUUCCUCGUUCAACCGUGCAAUCAGCUAUAUAUGCUAUGACUAAGACAUCUAGGAGGCGACAGGAUCAUAAGCCGAUACUGACAACGCCGGUUUACGGAUCUGCACUACCCGUGAUGACGAGCAGCGGUGCUAUCUACGAAUCAACUGCAUCUUACAUCACAGCGCCCAUACAACCAGACAUUCGACAACCUUCCUCGCAUCAUUCGCCAAGCGCAGCGGCGACGGCACCGUCAUAUCCAACGCCUAUACCAGAAGAUCAUCACAGACACCCUCCACAACCUGCUGUAGCUGCUAGCAGCUUGGACAACACCAAUGACAUGCACGACGGGCCGGCAGGCUUCUCGAGCGAGCACUGCGAUCUUCAUCACCAAACCAGGGAGCACAAAGACUCCAGUUUUCAGCCGUCUUUGCCACAAAAUCCACCCAAGCUUAUGCCCAUUGAGCCUCGAGUUGAAAAUGAAAGUUCAGCGUAUUGCACAUUCCCUUUACGGACG